AAUUAAAAAUCCGACAAUUGAAAAUACACCACGAAUACGAUCAAGUUACACUGCUCAAAUACAAACGAGUGAUACUCCUCUUAGGCAAGAAUUUGGAAAGAGUGACAUAUCCACUUCGUUUUUAAGGAGUAGCACUGGUAACAGUAAUUCAAUUUUACAAACGGAAAUAAGAGCUGCUCAUGGUGACCCAGAUGACCCCUUAUUAAAUUAUCAAUAUAGACCUAAAAAUUUCAAUUUUACCACUCGACCUGUUUCUUUUCCCCAGCAACUUGAUCCUCAUUAUCAUCAUCAAUUGCAAAAUAAUGCCAAUAAGGAUCCUAAAUCUUCUGGUUCUCCUCGCGUGAAAGCGGCGAGUCCAUUACCUGAUUCAAAUAAAAAUGGAUAUAAACCAAAGGGUUUAAUCAUUUGCCUCUGUUUUAGUAUUGUUGCUGGAAUAAUAUUUACUUGUAUGUAG